CGCAAGCGUUUUCCAACACUCAUACUCACUCGCGCAGCCAACUUAACAAGGCAUUUGUAAGCAAAAUUUGCGAAGGAAUUAUUUUUAUAAAGAAAACCCGCUUUCGCAAGAAGAAACUUUAAGGGAGGCUUAAGAAGAUUUAACCAGUUUGCAAAGAAGCCAGCUCGCAGUCUUUUGCCCAAGAGACCAAGUUGAAUCUUAUUGUGUACCGAAACGAGACAAAUACAAGAUAAUAAUGGAUACCUAUUUGUUCGAUGGCGGCCGCAUCACCAAAAUGGAGGUGGACUAUGAACCGGCUUGCAAUGAGAAAAUCCCGCUGGCCAAGGAGUUGGCUAAGAAGAACCCCGAUGCCUUCCACGAAGCCAUCGAAAUGAUGUUGCAGUUGGAGAAACAGACGCGACUUGGCGCUGACAUGGUCUCCUGCUCGCGCGUUCUUGUGGCCAUUUGUCAGAUUUGUCUUGAUGCAUCCAACUGGAAUGCCCUGAAUGAGUACGUUAGCCUGCUGGUGCGUCGGCGAUCUCAACUCAAACAGGCCGUUGUAAAAAUGAUCCAGGAGUGUUGCACUUACGUGGAAAAAACGCCCGACAAAGAGACGAAGCUGAAGUUAAUCGACACCCUUCGCUCGGUUACUGAAGGUAAGAUCUACGUCGAGAUCGAACGUGCACGACUCACUAAGAUCUUGGCGGAUAUCAAGGAGGCCGAUGGAGAUAUCGCCGGAGCGGCCACCGUCAUGGAGGAACUCCAGGUGGAAACAUACGGCUCGAUGGAUAAGCGAGAAAAGGUUGAACUCAUUCUGGAACAGAUGCGCCUGUGCUUGCUAAAGGAGGACUACGUGUCCACCCAAAUAAUUGCCAAGAAGAUCAGCAUUAAGUUCUUUGAUGACCCAGCGCAACACGAUCUCAAGCUUAAGUUCUACAACUUGAUGAUUCAACUGAACCGGGAUACCUCUUUCCUGAAUACCUCCCGUCAUUACCAGGCCAUUGCAGAGCCUCCGCGCAAAAAGACUGGUCUCACACCCGUCGAUUCCUCGCUUUCCGCUGACGAGCAAAAGAAGAAACAGGAAGAGGAUAAAAAGAAAAAGGAGGAGGACUUGAAAGAAAAGAAAGUGGAGCCCGUCGCUGAGCCUGAGGUGGAGAUUGAGUUGACUGAGGCCCAGAAGAAGGAGUUGACGGAAAAGCUAGUCAGUGCCGUGUUGUACUGCGUUCUGGCGCCCUUCGACAAUGAACAGAGUGAUAUGAUGGCACAUUUAUCGAAAAACAAAAAGUUGGAAGAUGUUCCAGUGUACAAAGAAAUUCUGCGUUUGUUUAUGUCCAAGGAGCUUAUAAACUUUGACACUUUUAACGCUGAAUUCGGACAGGUCCUAGCUGAAAACGAGAUGUUCAAGGACAGUACAAAGCACGGAAAGAAAUGCAUCACCGAACUGAAGGAUCGUCUUAUAGAACAUAACAUUCGAAUCAUUGCAAUGUAUUACUCCCGCUUGCAUUUGACGCGCAUGAGCGAACUGCUUAAUCUGCCCAGCAGCCGAUGCGAGGAAUAUCUCUCGAAGCUAGCCAACAGUGACACCAUACGGGUGAAGAUCGAUCGUCCAGCCGGCAUAAUUUACUUCACCCAAAAGAAGAGUGCAUCGGACAUUCUCAACAACUGGGCCACCGAUGUGAACCAGUUGAUGUCCCUGGUAAACAAGACUUGCCACCUAAUCAACAAGGAGGAGUGCGUCUACUCGGUCAUGUGCGCUGUUGAGGAAUAGCCAACAUAAGAAAAUUUAGUUUUCCCUCUGAAACGCCUGCCUAUUCAUUCUGUAAUUGUAAUCGUACUAACCUCCCAAAAAACAUAAAUACUUCGAUUCUCUUCACAAAGUUUGUAUUCAUUGAAUGAACUACAAUAAUAAAAACAAACCCCGUAAUAUCCA